CCCAGACAGACUCGGUUCCACAAUUUUUCACUCACAACACUGAUCGUUUCCCAAGGUUAAUUAAGGUACACACUCCUAGUCUGGUCUCUUUCAAUAUUCCUUGUCUCUUCAGAUUUCUGAUUCCCAUUUUAUCUUUCCAUCCCUUUUGCUCUCUUCUCUCUGUUCCUUUCUCUCUCAAAUUUGUAACUUUUCUUUCUCUCCAGCUAUCGUUCUGUCUCUCUCUCCUUGUCCAUGAUGCAAUUCACUGAAACCCCACCACCACCUUUGCAGUUUCAUGGCCAAAUCACUGCUCCAAUCUCAAACCCCACCGUGAACAAGAUUAACCAAACUCAAAGGACCCGUCCAUGGCCUGGGUUUCCUACUUCAAAAGCUUUAGGCAGUUUAGGUGAUGCAAAUUGCAUGGAGCAGCUUUUAGUCCACUGUGCAAACGCAAUUGAAAGUAACGAUGCCACUUUAGCUCAACAGAUUCUUUGGGUUUUAAACAACAUUGCACCCCCAGAUGGUGACUCAAAUCAGCGCUUAACGUGUGCUUUCCUUAGAGCUCUCGUUGCACGUGCUGCCAAGAAUGGUACUUGCAAACUCCUCGCAGCUAUGGCGAAUGCUAACUGCACUCUUGCUAUAAAUACCCACAAAUUCUCUGUCAUUGAGCUUGCUGGGUUUGUGGACUUAACCCCAUGGCAUCGCUUCGGUUUCACUGCUGCUAAUGCUGCUAUUAUAGAAGCCAUUGAUGGGUAUUCAUCUGUUCAUAUUGUGGAUUUAAGCAUGACUCGUUGCAUGCAAAUCCCUACUCUUAUUGAUGCUAUAGCAAAUCGCUUUGAGGUCACUCCUUUGAUAAAGCUCACAGUUGCUGGUGCCACUGAAGAUAUUCCCCCUAUGCUUGAUCUUUCUUAUGACGAGUUGGGUGCCAAGUUGAUAAACUUUGCAAGGUCCCGCAAUGUAAUAAUGGAGUUUAGAGUCGUCCAUUCAAGUUAUGCAGAUGGAUUCUCUUCUUUAAUCGAGCAGCUACGAGUGCAGAAUUUGGUCUACACAGAAAAUGGCGAGGCUCUUGUUGUAAACUGUCAGAUGUUGCUCCAUUACAUCCCUGAAGAAACCAUUUCUAGUAGUAUUCCUCGUACCAACUCAUCAAAUCCAUACUCUGUUGUCGAGUCUUCUCUUCGAACCAUGUUUCUGAAAUCCCUUUGGAGUUUAGAUCCAACAAUUGUAGUGUUAGUAGAUGAAGAUGCAGAUUUAAUAUCAAACAAUCUGGUGUGUAGAUUAAGGUCAGCCUUCAAUUAUCUAUGGAUUCCUUAUGAUACAAUGGACACAUUUCUUCCAAGGGGAAGCAAGCAAAGGCAGUGGUAUGAAGCAGACAUAUGCUGGAAGAUUGAGAAUGUGAUCGCUCAUGAAGGUCUGCAAAGGGUUGAGAGGCUGGAAACAAAGAGCAUGUGGGUUCAGCGGAUGAAGAAUGCUAAUUUUAGAAGCAUUUCUUUCGGUGAAGAUGCAGUUUCUGAAGUUAAGACAAUGCUUGGGGAACAUGCAGCUGGGUGGGGAUUGAAGAAGGAAGAAGACGACCUCGUUCUUACUUGGAAAGGACAUAAUGUUGUAUUUGCCACUGCUUGGAUGUCUGCUUAAUUCAUCUUCUUCCUCUCAAUUCUUUCUUUUUUCCCCCAAACAA